AUGUACCAAAAUAUGCUCCCAAGCAAGCCUAAAGGUCCCGCUUCGUGUGCUAAAAGAAAGGAUGGCCCUCUUACAGUCAAUAAGUCCGGAGACAGCAAGAAAAAAGCUAAGCUGAACCCUAUCACCGAGCUGAUCAACUUGUUGAAAGCAAGAUCAAUCCCUGUGCAUACACCUGGAGACCCAGAAUAUGAACGUUCGGUGGCAAACCCGAAUCUUAUGUAUCGCUUCUCACGACCUCAUCUAGUCGUGCAGCCAGAGCGAUACACCCAAGUUCAAUAUCUAGUCCGUGAGGCAAACCGACUAGGUAUACACAUCACCAUAAAAAAUGGAGGUCACAGCUACGCAGGCUCCUCCACUACAGAUCAGGGUGUCUUGCUGGACCUCUUGAAGUUGAACAAGGUUCUUCUCGAUAUGGAAACCAAGACCAUGACGCUUGGUGGCGGCGCGUUAUGGGGUAGCGCGUAUAAGGCCCUGAUUGACGGUCGCAAUGAUGGCUAUGUCGUCAACGGUGGACGUUGCCCCAAUGUCGGCGUUUCUGGAUUUAUCCUGGGCGGUGGCCUUGGUCCAUUCACGCGCACCCUUGGGAUGGGAUGCGACUCGUUGAAGCAGGCUACUAUCGUCUUGGCUGACGGCAAAAAGAUUACCGUCAAGGAUAGUGACGAGCCCACCUCGAGAAAAGGGAUGCUCUUCUGGGCGCUCUGUGGUGCUGGAGGAGGCAAUUUCGGUGUUGUGGUUGAAAUCAAGUUGGGAGUAUCGAAGUUGCAGAACCCCCAAGGCGUCAUAGUGGCUGGCAGGUAUACUUGGAACCCAACAGCGGAGGACAAGAACGAUUUCCUUAGUACUAUGGUCCGAUUUUAUACUCACAACUGGCCGGAUCGAAUGACUAUCGACAGCACUUGGGUGUGCGACCUCCGACUGCCGGAGGGUCGGGAUGUAGGAGUACGCUUCCUCGUCUAUUUUGAUGGCAAUGAACACGAAUACCGGAAGCAAAUUAGCAAGGGGGUCAUCCACAAAGGCCUUGCCGAGCAACUGAAGCGACGGUCAUUGCCCGAAAAGUCGACGCGUUUUCUUCAUGAAACACUUGUCAGUCAAUGGUACGAGGAGACCAGACAGUCAUUUCCUAAAACCCGUCAGUGGAGUCUGUUUACCUCAUUCGCGUUUCUCAACGAUGAAGAAACAAUCAAAAGCGUUACCGGCAUCAUUCAAAGUGAAAUGGAUGAUUUCAAACAGCAGUUUAAAGGGGAGAGGGCCAUGGCCGCUUUCACAUUCAUCCAUUCUGGGGGCCAGGCAACCACGAAGCCAGACUGGGCGACUGCAUUCCGCUGGCGCCAGACUGUUUAUCAAGCCUACAUACAAAUAUUGUGGGAGGACAAAUGGCUGGAGAGGGAUAUGAGGGGCUUCCACCAAAGAUUCAGAAAAAGAGUGAAGCCAUUCUCUAUAAGCGGUCACGCAGGAUACAUUAAUUUCCCUGAUCGGUCACUGAAGCCCGACGUUCAUGAAAAGGUCUAUUAUGGAAAGAACCGACAAAAGCUGCAGCUCAUCAAGAAGAUAUGCGAUCCAGAUAACUACUUCAGCUGGCCCCUUGGUGUCCGGCUCCCGGAACAGACUGCUUCAUCUUCCGGAGGUCGCGUAGACGGCACAGAUGAGAGAGAGCAACUGGCAAACGCAUUCCUGGCCGCAGAGGAAGAGGAGGGGAGCUCGGCCUCAGAUUCCGAGUCUGUGGAUGAAGAGGGCCAGACUGACGACAUAGCAGGACAACAAUGGGAAUCUGGAGCUGGAAAUCCAAGUGAUGACUGGCUUGGGAAGAAUGGUUUUCCCUCCUCGCUUUGGGGUCCAUUGGAUGACAGAGGCCAGUGA